AUGGUGCAGCGGCUCACAUAUAGGACUCGCCAUAGCUAUGCCACCAAAUCCAAUCAGCAUCGAGUUGUCAAAACUCCAGGCAACCGCCCUUUAAUCAAAUUCAUUUUCCCUUCUCUAGUGUAUCAGAGUACUAAAAAGAGGGCUAGCGGCCCUAAAUGCCCAGUCACUGGGAAGAGAAUCCAAGGGAUACCUCACUUGAGACCUUCUGAGUACAAGAGGUCAAGAUUACCAAGGAACAGAAGGACUGUGAACCGUCCUUAUGGUGGAGUCUUAUCUGGCAGUGCUAGCUUUCUUGGUGGAAGAACAGAAGAUUGUGAAGAAAGUCUUGAAGAUACAGAAAGCAAAGGAGAAGCUUGCUUCCAAGAGUUGAAAGUGAAGCCAGGUGCUAAGAUAGUUUUGGAGGCACAGUCGAUUGAUCGACUCUUGAGU